AUGGCGGCGGCGGCGAGGAUCCGGCGUCAGCACGCGCGGUGCGCGCCGCCCAAGAAGCCGCGCGCGGCAGCGACCCGCAAGGCUCCCAUCGACGUCGUCUACCUCGAGCACCCGAAGAUCGCAGGGUGUUUCGCCGCAGUCGUUGCGAAGGGUGUGAGCUUCGAGGCGAUCCAGCAGGAGUUCAAAAGCUCACUCGAGCUGAGCGUGGACAAGGUCCAAUACCACGUCAACGGCACGCGCCACGUCGCGUCCGACUCCGCCGGCCUCGAGGUGAUCUUUGCCGCUGCGGCCAAGGAGGGCAAGACGUCCUGCACGCUGCGCCCAUUCGAUGUCGCGGCGACGCUCAAGCAGAGCGGGGCGGACGAGGGCAGUGUGCGUCCGCCGUUCACCGAGGCCUCCCCGCGGCCGCUCGGCGGUGGCGUCGCCUCGUCCUCGGCUCUCGUGCUGCAUGAGCCGGAGGGCACCCCCGCGUGGCUCGGCGCGGCCGAAGGCGAGCUGGCUCGCGUUCCAUACGGCGAGCGCCAAGCCACGAGCCGCACACACCCGGCUGCACAUACCGUUUUGCCUCAAGGCCUCGCGCCGGUCUUCCCUCUAGGCGACCCGAGCGCGAGCUGUGGGCGCAUCGCCGCCGAUCCGCCCGCCGCCGAGCCGAUCGACUGA